UGUGCAUUGUGUUGGGUCUUCGAUGUCUUGCGUAGGGAAGUGGUGCUACUUCAAACCGCUGUAGCUGUCACCCCAUGUCACUGUCAGGAUCGUUCCUAACCCCAGUUCAACAAGGUGAAAGCUGUGAUUAAAGAAGACGAAAAAGAGCAGGAGGAGGAAGAAGAAGAAGAAGGAGAUUCUGAAUCAUGGUCUCCAUGAGCUCUAUGCAGCACAUUCUGACCUACAUCCCCUACGCUCUGGUGCUGAUCGACCUCCGCUAUGAAGGAGUGAACUGUGACACGGAUGGGAGUGUGGAGAGUCACCUGGCGAUGGGGAAGAAGCUCCUGGCGGCGGGACAGCUGGCUGAUGCUCUCUCACACUUCCACGCUGCUGUUGAUGGAGAUCCACAGAACUACAUGUCGUUCUACAGGAGAGCCACGGUGUACCUGGCCAUGGGCAAGUCCAAGUCCGCCCUGCCUGAUCUCAGCCGGGUCAUCGAGCUGAAGCCCGACUUUACAUCGGCCAGGCUGCAGAGAGGGAACCUGCUGCUGAAACAGGGGAACCUGGACGAGGCCGAGAGCGACUUUAAGAGAGUGCUCCACUCCCACCCGACGGCCCAGGAGCAGACGGAGGCCCACGGACAGCUGAUCAGAGCGGACGAGAUCCAGCGGCUCCUGGCCCAGGCCCAGGCCGCCUUCAGCGCCAAGGACUACCCGGGCGCCGCCGCCAUGCUGGACUCCAUCAUCGAGACCUGCGUGUGGGACGUGGGCUCCAGGGAGAUGCGGGCAGAGUGCUUCAUCCAGAUGGGGGAGAACGGGAAGGCCAUCAGCGACCUCAAGGCCACCUCUAAGCUGAGGAGUGACAACACCAAGGCCUUCCUGCAGCUCAGCAUCAUCUACUACCACCUGGGGGACCACGAGAUGUCCCUCACGGAGGUGAGGGAGUGCCUGAAGCUGGACCCCGACCACAAGCAGUGCUACGCCCACUACAAGAAGGUCAAGAAGCUCAACAAGCAGAUCAUGUCUGCAGAGUCGCUCAUCCAGGACGAGAGGUACGAAGAGGCGGUGAGUAAGUACGAGGCGGUGAUGGAGACGGAGCCCAACGUACCGCAGUUCUCCCAAAACGCCAAGGAGCGCAUCUGCCAUGCCCUGGCACAGGCGCAGCUUCCCGGCCGAGCCAUCCCCGUGUGCAGCGAGGUGCUGGAGGCGGAGCCGGAGAACACGGGCGCGCUGAAGGACCGCGCCGAGGCCUACAUCCAGGACGAGCAGUACGAAGAAGCCAUCGGGGACUACGAGGAGGCCGGGAAGCACAGCGAGAACGACCGGCAGGUGAAGGAGGGGCUGGAGCGCGCCAAGAAGCUGCUCAAGCAGUCCAAGAAGAGGGACUACUACAAGAUCCUGGGAGUCAAGAGGACGGCCCAGAAGAAGGAGAUCAUCAAGGCCUACAGGAAGAUGGCGCAGCAGUGGCACCCCGACAACUUCAUGGACGCCGCGGACAAGAAGAAGGCCGAGAAGAGGUUCAUCGACAUCGCCCAGGCUAAGGAGGUGCUCACAGACCCCGAGAUGAGAGCGAAGUUCGACCAGGGGGAGGACCCCAUGGACCCGGAGACCCAGCAGGGCGCCCACCAGAACCAGCACUUCCACCAGGGCUUCCAGGGCUUCAACCCCUUCAGCUCCGGGGGCGGCGGGGGCGGGGGCGGGGGCCCCUUCAGCUUCAAGUUCGGCUUCAACUGAUGACGACCGGAAGCCAAUCAAAGCUCCAGAAACUGUCCCCUGGCGCCGGCCAGCGCCUCGCCCCUUCCUCCUCCUCCUCCUCCUCCUCCUCCCCCUCCUCCUCCCCGCUCUACGGGGGACCCCCCCUGGCCAGCAGAACGUGGCCCCUCCUCCUCCUCCUCCUCCUCCUCCUCCUCCUCCUCCUCCCCGCUCUACGGGGGACCCCCCCUGGCCAGCAGAACAUGGCUCCUCCUCCUCCUUCUCCUUCGCCCUCUGGCCCCCCCCUGGCCCGCAGAACGCCAGUUAAACCCGACUGCAUCGCUUUUAAUGAGCACCCAGGGAGUGGUGCGUGAUCCAGGGCCGUCCUGAAGAAGACGCGUCCGCGUUACGGAACAACGGAACCUUUGGAGUCCGCGCGGCGGCGGCGAGGGAAGGAACAUCUGUUGCUAUGCUAACAAUUGAUCGGCCGUGUUUUAUGAAGCUUUCAUCUGCAGGGAAUUUCACAAAGAGUAAAAUAUUAAUUCUGAAGGAACGCCGCAUCCGGUCGGUGCAUUGCGGUCCUGAAAUUCCCCCUUCCAUUCUCGGAUACUUGUUCUGAAAUGUACAGAGCUACAUGUAUUAUGUACAUAGGAACUAUUUUUAAGAGGAAUGGAUUUUUUUUCUGAGAUGUAAAUAAAGAUCUAUUUAUGCAGAGAUCACGAGUGCUGUGUUAAACGCGCGUAGCUCUGACUUUUUUGACAGUGGUGGUGGUGGUUUCUUAAUCAAGGAAGCUGUCUAACCCCAUUUUUGCAGUGAAUUAUUGAUGCUGCAAACGAUCCUAGUUGGUUGUUUUCACAGCGCAACUCCUUACUUCCUCCUGAAUCUCCGUCCUCCAGCUCGUUAGUGGUCAGUCUACUGCAGUGGACUGGAACGCGUUCGACCUUGCACUAUGGAAUUAUGGGUAACUGUCUGAGUUACCUCAAUCAAUCCCUAUUCAAUGUGAAUGGAGAAGACAGUUUGAGUGCAGAGCUGAAUUAACCAUCCACACUGGCUUCCUCCAUGACGGAUGUUUAUUAGAAAGAUUGAAAUGUAAACAAGUUGUGUGGUCAACUGGGGAGAGCAUCUAUUCCCAUUUUUCGUUUUAAGAUUGAGCAGAUUGAUAAAUACUUUAUUAUUGCAUGAUUGUUUUGGAUUUUUCCUGAGACAAUAUUUCAUGGCAUGGAAAGUAGGAUUACUUGCAAAUCAAUAAGUAUUCAAAUGUACGAUCAUUUCAAAUCGUUUGUAGUGUGAUUGAGAAUUCUCUGAUCAGUGAUGAAGCCAAAACUACAGUGAGCAGAAACCAGGUCUUGUGAUGUCCGACCACUCAUUCUAACUAGUGUUGGCACGCUGGCACCAGGCCCAGUAUUAAUACCGUAGCUACGUCUAC